GCAGCGAGAACGACCCCUGGAAGGACCAAACCCGCGCACUGCUGCAUCCCCGCGUUCAGCGCCGACGUCCCCCGCCGCUGCCAUGCCCAAAAGAAAGGCUGAAGGGGACACUAAAGGAGAUAAAGGCAAGGUGAAGGACGAGCCACAGAGAAGAUCUGCAAGGUUGUCUGCUAAACCUGCUCCUCCAAAGCCAGAGCCCAAGCCUAAAAAGGCCCCUGCAAAGAAGGGAGAGAAAGUACCCAAGGGGAAGAAGGGGAAAGCAGAUGCUGGCAAGGAUGCAAAUAAUCCUGCAGAAAAUGGAGACGCCAAAACAGACCAGGCACAAAAAGCUGAAGGUACUGGAGAUGCCAAGUGAAAAUGUGUACAUUUUUGAUAACUGUGUACUUCUGGUGACUGUACAGUUUGAAAUACUAUUUUUAUCAAGUUUUAUAAAAAUGCAGAAUUUUGUUUUACUUUUUCUUUUUAAGCUAUGUUGUUAGCACACAGAACACUUCAUUGUUUUGGGGGGAAAGGAACA